AAAUAAAAUAAUAAUAAAACAAAGAGAUUACAUCCUCUGUUGAAUGUUUCCAGACUGUUUAUUUCAAACUUCUUUUAUUCAAGCCAACCUUCGCUUCAUCUUUCAAUCCUCUCUGCAAUAAUUUUCUCGGCAUUUCUCUCUCUCUCUGCAAAAUAGUAAUUUGGUAGCAUAUUUCCUUAUUUGAAGAAUAAGACUGCAUCUCUUUUGCGAAGUAUUCACUACCAUUUCAAACACCCUAAUUCCUCUUCUUCUUCUUCUUCGUCUGCUUAUUAGCUCAGAUCUGCUUGCUGAUUAGGGUUUGGUUUGCCGAAGAAAUUAGUGCUUGAUUCAGCACAGUUCUUGGUGGGCUUUCAAGCUUUCUUACUUUGUAUGAAGGUUAUUAUUAUUGGCGGUUGAAUUGGGGAAAAAGAAAGCUAAACAACAGGGUAAAAAGGAGCCAUAGUUUGGUUCAACCAGGGGUGGGUGUAUGAUGCAGGUCCAGAGCACAGUGGUGAUUCUGUUUAUCCUUUUGUGCUCUGCAGAGGCUCAAACGGCGUCGUUUCUGAUAAAUUGCGGGUCAAAUGCAACUGUAACUGUUGAUGGAAGGAGAUGGGUCGGCGACACAUCUCCGGCGAACAAUGUCACCCUUAGUUCUCCGGGAAUCGAGGCCUCCACCGCUGUUUUCAACGGUGAUUCAGCCUACGAGCCUCUUUACGCAACAGCCAGAUUAUUCACAGACAGUUUGAAUUACACCUUUCAAGUACCGAACGGGCAUUAUUUCCUCCGGCUCCAUUUCUACCCGUUGGUAUUCCGUGGAUACAACGCGAACGAGUCCUACUUCUCCGUCGAGGCAAACGGUCUGAAGUUAGUUACGGAGUUCAAUGUUCCCGGCGAGAUUUCGGACAAGAAUUUAAACUUGAUGGGGCCCACAGCCAAUUCCAGUUAUUCCAACGUGGUGAAGGAGUAUUUCUUUUAUGUCGAAACCAACUUAAUCGUGUUGAAUCUUGUUCCUUCAAAGGGUUCUUUUGGGUUCUUGAAUGCGGUAGAAAUUAUACCCGAGGGAAAUAAGGUGUUUGUUGACUCGGUGAGAAGAGUCGGUGCUAACGGUGGCAAUAGUUCGUUGAAUUUGAGCAAACGAGGGAUUGAAACUAUGUAUAGACUGAAUGUGGGCGGUUCAUUUAUUAGUCCUUCGCAAGAUUCGAUUUUGUGGAGAAAAUGGGAAGCGGAUUCGGGUUAUAUGAUCAAUGCAGAUGCUGGCUCCGAAAUUCGAAACCGGUCGAAUAUAACUUACGCGAAUCCAAACGACACCUUUGCGGGCCCGCUCGAGGUGUACGAAUCAGCAAGAACUUUGACCAACACCGAAGUGAUGGAGAAGAGGUUCAACAUGUCUUGGAAGUUGAGAAUCGAUCCGGAUUUCGAGUACCUAAUCCGCCUCCACUUCUGCGAAUUGGUGUACGAUAAGCCGAACCAGAGGAUUUUCCGAAUAUUCAUAGACAAUAAAACCGCAGCGGACAACUUUGAUGUGUACAGUCGAGCCGGUGGAAUGAACAUUGCUUAUCACGAGGACUAUUUAGAUUCUGUUUCGUCCAAGACAAAUGCUAUCUGGAUACAGCUUGGACCAGACCCCACAACGGGUUCUGCUGGAACCGACGCCCUCUUGAACGGGUUGGAGGUUUUCAAGAUCAGCCGUAAUGGGAAUCUAGCUUACGUGGAGACGUACACGAAUAUCGGAACGAGAAAAAAUUCAAAAAGUUUGAUUCUUUGGGUGGGCAUUGGAGUUGUUAUUGCUUCUAUUGUAAUUCUUGCAGCUAUAUGUACUGUAAUAAUCUGUUUCUGUAAGAAGAAAAACGAUACGAAGAAGAACCCUAAUGGAUGGAGGCCUUUGUUCCUCAACGGAACCAUCACAAACAGCACUGCCAACGCAAAAGGGACAUCAUCGGCCAAUCAGAAUCAUCCGAACGGCGGCACUAUUAGAUCUGGAAGGCGUUUUACACUAACCGAAAUUAGGGCAGCAACGAGUAAUUUCGAUGAAAGUUUAGUGAUUGGUGUGGGAGGGUUUGGUAAGGUGUACAAAGGAGAGAUUGACGAAAGUAGCCUCGUCGCAGUUAAGCGGUCCCACCCACAAUCACAGCAGGGUUUAACAGAAUUCGAAACUGAAAUCGAACUGCUGUCUAAAUUAAGACACAGGCAUCUUGUUUCCUUGAUUGGAUUCUGUGACGAACAGAGUGAAAUGAUAUUGGUGUACGAGUACAUGGCGAACGGAACUCUCCGGAACCAUCUAUUCGGAAGCGACUUACCCCCACUGAGCUGGAAGCAGCGGUUAGAUAUAUGCAUCGGUGCCGCGCGAGGGCUACAUUACCUUCAUACAGGUUCCGACCGAGGUAUUAUCCACAGAGAUGUUAAGACAACAAACAUACUACUGGACGAGGAUUUUGUUGCUAAAAUGUCCGAUUUUGGGUUGUCAAAAACGGGACCUUCGUUGGAGCACACACAUGUGAGUACAGCGGUUAAAGGGAGCUUCGGUUAUUUAGAUCCAGAGUAUUUUAGGAGGCAGCAGUUGACUGAGAAAUCGGAUGUUUACUCGUUCGGUGUGGUUCUGUUUGAGGUUAUUUGUGCAAGGGCGGUUAUUAAUCCGACUUUGCCGAAGGAUCAGAUAAAUCUUGCUGAAUGGGCCAUGCGUUGGCAGAGGGAGAGGUCGAUCGAGAGUAUUCUUGAUCCGAGGUUGAAAGGGCAUUAUUGUCCGGAAUCUUUGAUGAGAUUCGGUGAGAUUGCAGAGAAGUGCCUUGGUGAUGAAGGGAAGAGUCGGCCGACGAUGGGGGAGGUUUUGUGGCAUUUGGAGUACGUCUUGCAGCUUCACGAGGCGUGGUUGCGUAGUAAUGUUGAUUCUGUUAAGGAUGUCGUGAAUUCCGAUCCCGACUUGCAGUCGCAGAUGAAAGACGACGAAGAUGGGGAAUUUUCACAGGUGAUGGAUCAACGGGGGAGAUGAAGAUCAGCUGCAUAUUCAUGGGAUUAUUUUGUUCACAUUUUCUUGUGUGAGGAAUGUAUGAUGUUUCUCUUGUGUUUAUAGGUUUGUGAUUUAUUUAUUUAUUUUUUUAUUUUUUAAUUAUUUCAUGUUUAUGUUUAAUAUGAGUUGUAAUGAGUUUUUGUUUCUUGGUCGCACACUGAUAUUCUUUUAUUAAUGGAAUUGUGACAUAUGAUAUCACCCAA